AGUUCAACUUUAAUGUAUAUUUUUUUUCAUCGGCUAAUAUUUUGCAUCUGCCAAUCAAAUUUUUAGUUUUGUCAUUUGACAACUGAAGACCGUACGACAUGAUUGCAGCAUAUUUUUUUCGAGGAACAUAGUAUAUGCUUAGCAUUCGAGAUAUAACUAGUUUCGAAUUCGGAAAUGAAGUCGAGCGAAACACCUGUUACUGCUAUGUCAUCGGGAAAGUAUGGUGAAAGUCUCACAUAUGAUCCAGAAUUUCGAGGCCCAGUGAAGCACAGGAGCUGUACAGAUAUCUUUUGCCUUUUUCUUUUUGUUGCAUUUAUUGGUGGAUGGAUUGUUGUUGCAUUUUUUGCAUUUCGAGAAGGUGAUCCAAGACUCUUGUUAUAUCCAACAGAUUCAGAAGGACAUAUUUGUGGCACUGGAGAUUUAGAGGAUAAAAAAUUUCUUUUUUUCUUUGAUCUCAUGAAAUGUGCGAGGCCAAGUGUUGUCUUCACUGGUUGUCCUACACCUCAAGUUUGUGUUGACAAAUGUCCAGAUGAAACUUUCUUUGCUAAUCCAUAUGCAUCAAAUGCUGAUGAAAUUAAACGCAAAUUAAUUUGCAAAUACAAUGUUUCUAAGACUGAUAAAACUUUAGAAGAACUACUUAAAGGAGAUCAGUGUGCUCAGUUAUAUUUUAGAAGCACUGCAAUGGCAUCUGAAAAACUAGUGGAAAAGUUGCCUUAUGGCACGAGAUUUAAAGAUGUUUUGCUUGGAAGAUGUAUUCCAGAAAUUGUUUUCAAAGGAGUCAGUGGGUUGGUUACGGAUGAAAAAAACCAAACGGUUCUUGAAGAUGGUAAACCGAUAGAAGUUGACCAUUUGAAAAAUGCUACUCAGCGUUUAGCACGGUUUGUAAGUGUAUCAGAAGUUGGGAUAAAGAUUUUUUCAGACUUUAAAACAUCUUGGCAUUUGAUUGUGAUUGGCCUUCUAAUAAGUAUGGUGAUAUCUUUGAUUUGGAUUAUUCUUAUGCGAUGGAUAGCUGCACCGAUGAUAUGGCUGAGCAUCAUAUUAGUUCUUGCAUUUUCUGCAUUUGCAUGCUAUUAUAGUAGUACUAGAUAUGUGCAACUAAAAGAUACACCAGGCUCUGAGGGAAAUUUCAGAUUGACUUUGGAUGUCAAAAGUUAUCUGGCAUUACGGAAAACUUGGCUUGCAUUUGCUAUUAUCAGUGGUGUGAUUUUUGCAAUAUUAUUCCUAGUAAUAAUCUUCUUAAGGAAGCGCAUAUUAAUUGCUAUUGCUCUUAUAAAAGAAGCUAGCAAAGCAGUUGGCUUCAUGGUAACAACCUUGUUUUUUCCUGUUAUACCAUACAUUUUGAUGUUGAUAUUUCUUGCAUUUUGGAUGGCUGUUGCACUUUAUAUUGCUUCUUCGGGAAAAGCUUCAUUUGUCAUUUCUGAUGCUCCGAGUGGCUCUAACUAUACAAAUGGUUCCCUUUGUCAUCCUGAGGAUUUUACUAAUGCUGCUUCCAAAAUAAAGUGCAUGUUCAGAUCUUAUGGCUUGAAGGACAAUAUUUUCACAGCUCAUGCAUAUAACCUCUUUGGGUUGUUCUGGGGUUUAUUUUUUGCUGUAGGCAUUGGACAAGUCUCUCUUGCAGGAGCAUUUUCUACUUAUUACUGGACUCUUGAUAAAUCAAAAGGUUUGCCAUGUGGUGCAGCAUUUACUGGUUUUUAUUAUUGUAUCAGGUAUCAUUUAGGAUCUGUUGCAUUUGGUUCCUUGCUGAUUGCUACUGUUAGAAUGAUUCGUGUUAUGCUGGAAUAUAUCGAUCAGAAACUAAAGAAAUAUGACAACAAACUGACCAGAGCUAUCAUGUGCUGUAUGAAAUGUUGUUUCUGGCUUCUAGAAAAAGUUUUAAGGUUUAUAAGCAAAAAUGCUUAUAUUAUGAUUGCCAUCUAUGGUAAAAACUUUUGUACUUCAGCAAGAAAAGCUUUCAUGCUAUUGAUGAGAAAUAUUGUACGUGUUGUUGUCCUGGACAAAAUAACUGACUUCUUGCUUUUUAUGGGAAAGCUUGCAGUGGUUUCUUUUGCUGCUGUAGGAUCAUUUUAUGUUUUUGUCUCUGAGCAUAAGAUUUAUAAAAGUGGACCUUCAUUACAUUAUGACCUUAUUCCACCAAUAUUCAUCACCUUUGGUGCUUACAUUAUAGCCUCAGGAUUUUUCAGUGUAUAUGGAAUGGCUGUGGAUACUCUGUUCCUCUGUUUUUUGGAAGACUGUGAAAGAAAUGAUGGCACUCCUGAGAAACCUUAUUAUAUGUCCAAAGAACUUAUGAAGAUCCUUGAGUGGAAGACUUUUCUUUUAUUCUCCUAUCUUGAGUUUUCCAUUCUGAAAGCUGUAGUUUAUUUUGUUAUCUUUAGCAGCCUUGUGUAUGAGAGGUUUAACAUAUUAAAUCUAAUUCUAAUAGUGAUUACUUACAUGUAAAAUUGUGAAAAACUGGGCAUAUAUAUUAAUUAUAUGCCUUAAUUAUUAUAUAUGUAUUUUACGAUGAUAGCUAAUUUCAUAUAGUAUAUAGAUAACACAAAGCAAGAUCUCAAACUUAUUAGAAAAACGGGAAAAGUGUAUUACUUGUUGCUCAUUUAAUUAUGGUGCAGCUAUCUGAGGCCUUAAAUUUAGUAUGCUUGCCUUAAAUUUCACUGCCACUUUAUAAGCACAAUUUUACCUUAUUUUAAGGUUAUCUUUUAAAAGGCUGUGAUUUUGCACUUUGCAAUGACAUGUCAAAAAGAAGCUUUGUAUUCUUUUAACAAGCACAUAAAAAAAGUUCUUAAAUUUAUAAAAUUGAGAGUAUUUUUGCUAAUAGAUUUUUAUUACUUGCAAAAUAUAUGAGCAGCGUAUUCUUUCACACAUAUUUCAUUUGAUAAUGCCUUCAGUAAGAAAGUAUGCCUUCAUAUUUUGUACAUCACUUUUUUCUACAAACCAUCCAUGAAGUUGAUAGUAAAAUUUCAAUUAGUUCCAUAGUCAUGAGAAAAUAAAUAGCAUUUUAAAUUAAAAAUAUUAAUACUUGUAUAUCCUUUAAUGAAAGUUUUUAAUGUUUAUAUUCUUAGAGAUAUACGAUAUUCUAUAAAUUAUUCAGUGAGAAACUAGCGUUAUAAAUAUUGAUAAUUUUACUGAUCAUAAAUCCUACAUAUGUAUUAUCACGAAGCUUUUUAAUGCUAUAUACCUCUUUGUUAUUGUAUUAAAAUAGCUUCUUUAUAGAUUGCAAGUAUUUAAAAUUGUUUUAAUACAUAUAUAUUAUGGAUUAAGUCAUUAAGCAUGUUGCUUCAGCUCAGGCAUUAUGUAUCUAUAACAUAACUUAGAACUAUAUCCAUACCUUUGUGCAGAUGGAAAAAGUGUCAAAGAUAUUUGUUUCGCAUCUCAAAAUGGAAUGUACAUAAAAAAUGCAUAUUUUUAUUUAUUGUUCUAGUUUGUUUGCUAGUGCAAAUGCCAAAUAUAUAUUAAAUUAGGUGCAUAAACUACGGGUUAUAAUGAAUUUUAUAGAUUAUUCCAACUUAUUAUUCAAGACUGUAUAUAGAUUUGUUUUAUAUUACAGACAAUAUAUCAAAUUAGCCUUUUUAUUUGUAAAGUGUUACAUAAUUAAAUAGAUAUAUUUUAGGUUGGUUCAUUAUUUUAAUUCUGUCUGCAUUUGGCAGAUAAUGUUUAUAUACCAAUUUUAAGAUGAAAUCAGUUUAAUAAUCCUUUUGUUUUUUUAUAAGAGCUUAUUUCAUACUUAUCUUGUUCAUAUGAAGCUGUUAUGGCUUUUGCUAUGCAGGCAAUUUGCCAUUAAUGCAGUAUUAUUAUUUUAAAUUUGCUCAUUGAAUUUAUAAUAUAUACUUGAACAAAACGAAUGAGACAACAAAAGCAUUAUAUAUGUAUGUAAUGUGUUUUCAUGUAUUACUUCAAUAAAUUUAUGUAUUAAACUAGUCUUGUCUAUAAAAAUUAUGAUUGUAGGUAAUAUGAAAGUGGAAAACAUUUUCAUACUGAUUUUCUGUUCUGUUUAGUUACUGUAAAUUUUUCAGAUGAUCUUUAAAUAUAAAAGAAACAUAUCUUUU